CACAUUCUUUAGUCGAAAACGUAUUUGAGGCAUAAUAAACGACAAAGAAUUAUUGACUUUUGAAACAUUUAUUUCACAACUUUUCGUAAUAAUUUGUAACAAUGAUCAAGAUAAUUGUGACUUAUGUCACUUCUUUUGUGUCCAUUUUAAUGCUGAUUCUGGCAUUUGCGACUUCUCACUGGAAUCAACAUACAAUAAAGAAAGCUGGUUUAAACGCCAAUCAAGUUCACUAUCAUUAUGAAGGCUUGUAUGAAAGAUGUUUUGACGUCUACGAAAAUGGCACUUAUGUUGAAAGUAAGAGUAAUUGUUUGAACCUUAAAGUCGCAGCUUGGAAUGUGAUGGUAAUGAUCUUACUUUCCAUCUCAAUGUUUCUCUUUAUAUUGGCCUUUGUUUUUGCUGCAAUUUAUUCUUUCUACACAAGACGUACAAAAUAUCCUAUCGUCGUAAACUGUAGUUUAAUUGGUAUCGCAGCUGUUUCCGCUUUUAUUGCAAUGAUGAUAUACACAUUCAAAUUUUGGGAUGAAGAUAUUUACUUCAGUUGGUCGUACGGUGCUGGAUGGACAACUGUUGCUAUGGCAUUGAUUGGUAUUGUUCUUAUUAUGGCAGAUAGAUGAUUGUUAAAAUUUAUAAUGACAUCAUCAUCCAGACGAUAUCUUGGUUGUAUAAUAGUUUCUCGUUUACAUUUACUUAACUAGCUAUGUUAGUUUGCCAUUAGUAGCAACAUAAGAUAUAUUUUGUAAUAUGAUAGCAGAAGUCAUAACAUCAGUUGUCAUCUAUUGUUAUUUUUACUUUGUAAUUUAUACUUUAACAUGUGACUGAUAGUUGUAUUUGCUAUCUCAUUUUCAUCCAUAUUUUGACCGAAGUAGUCAACAAAUUCUCCUUGAGGAUCAACAAGAUAUAAUAUCACAGAAUGAUCAACCUGUAUGAAAACAUAAACAAAAAUAGUAGUAAAAUCUUUUUAUAAAUAUGA